GCCGUUAUCCGCCCCGCGCUCUCCCAAGCGCAAACCGAGCGGUCUCGCGUCGGCCCUCGCUGCAUCGGGCCUUGCCAUGGUCAACCCUGGCAUGAUGCCCAUGAUCGAACCUCCUAGGGGCUCCGAGAACUCAGCCUCUCCUCCGCGUCGCCAAAACGGUCGCUCAGGCUCUUUGUCGUCAGCCGUGCAGAAGCGCUCGCCCGCCCUCAGUGGCCACCAUAUGAGCCCGCGGUCGUCCCUCGACGAUGGCACGCCGUCCGUGCGCUCCUACUCUCGCUCGCGGAACGGCUCGCUAUCACAGCCAGGCAUGGACCUGAGUGACGGCGACAUGUCUACAUAUGGAGGGAUAGGAGUGUCCGGAGAUGAGGACGACGACGAGCUAGACGAUGAGGAUGACCAGCUCCUCGCGGACUUGCGGGCGGACGACAUUCCCGUGACCGGGUUCGCCGUCGCGAGCAACAAGCGCAACGCGGACUUCCACGAUCUGUUCCCGAACGUGCCGGAGGGCGACUACCUCAUUGAAGACUACGGGUGCGCGCUGCAGCGCGAGAUCCUGAUUCAGGGCCGCAUAUAUAUAUCUGAAAACCAUAUUUGCUUUCAUGCUAACAUCUUUGGCUGGGUCACGGACCUCGUGAUCCCCAUCUACGAUAUCCAGACGCUAGAGAAGCGGAUGACGGCGUACGUGAUCCCAAACGCGAUCCUGAUCACGACGCCCCGCACCAAGUACACCUUCGCCUCCUUCCUCGCGCGCGACACCGUAUACGACGUGAUCCACAACAUAUGGCGCCUCGCGCGCCCCACAGACGAGUCGGUCGAAGGCCCGCUCGCGAUCGAAGAGGGCGCGCCGGGGGGCGCGCCAGAGGGGGCAGGCGGACCGGCGGUGAUGCUGCACAAGUCGACGCAGUGUGCGUGCUCGAAGAGUGGCCAACAUUAUAGCGAGAUCGCGAUGGACACCGUGCUCCCUGGCACGCCAGAGAGGAUAUACAACCUCCUGUUUGCCAGCGGGUUCAUCAAGGACUUUAUGAGAGUCGAUCAAAAGCUCGAGGACAUCCAGAUCUCGGAUUGGACGCCGUCAGCGGCGGAGCCCAAGUGCCUCACGCGCAACAUGUCGUAUAUCAAGCCCCUCAACGGGAGCAUCGGCCCGCGCUCGACGAAGUGCGAACUGCGCGACGAGACGGUGUAUUGUGACUUUGACGACCAUGUCAUCACGGUCACGACAACGCGCACCCCGGACGUGCCCAGCGGGGGCGUGUUCGCGGUCAAGACGCGCACGUGCAUCAUGUGGGCGAGCGCGGUGUCGACCAAGGUCAUCGUCACGACCCAGGUUGAGUGGACCGGGAGGAGCUUCAUCAAAGGCAUCAUCGAAAAGUCGGCGAUCGAGGGCCAGAAGACGUACCACGCCGAGCUGGACAAGGCUGCGCGCCGGUACAUACGGGAGCACCAAUCCGAGUUCAUCCCUGAAGGCAUAGACCCCGCGGCCGCCGUCGCGGCGGCGGAGCCCGAGGCAGUCGCGACACCAGCUUCACCUGCACACGAGGCCGGCAGCGACGAGGGCAAGCCGCGCUCGCACGACCAGCGCGCGCUGCAGUGGGCGUACGACACGUUCGAAGGCGGGUACGGCGUCGCGAAAAUGUCUGUGCGCACGCUUUGGGACCUCAUCUCGGAGAGCUGGAGCGGCGCGAGCUUCGCGGGCGUGUCGGCGCCGAGCACGACGGCGGUGCUGUACUGCGUCAUCGCGGUGCUCGUGGUGAGCAACCUGUUCACGUUCCGGCUCGUUGGGCGCCGGGAGGAGGCGGGGCGGCGGAAGGAGCUGAAGCGCAUGGAGGAGCGGGAGCGGUGGGUGCAGGAGGUCGUGAAGGUGCUGUGGGACGACUGGGCGGCGGGGCGGCAUCUGCCCGUCGUGCCUGCGCGGCUGGCGCGGAAGGCCGACCCGCGGGAGGAGCUGGCGGAUCUGAACAAGAUACUGGAGUCGGUCGAGGAGCGGGCGCGGCUGGUCAGGGAGAGCCUCGUGGAUUUGGACUGA